GAUUUACACCACUAAUAUUAAACUUAACAAAAUAAAUAAGCACUGGAACCAACGCAGUCGUUGCUUUAAUUUAUUACAUUAGAUUAGAUGAGUUUGUCAUAAGGAGGCAUUGCUUUCAAACCCUAAUAUAUAUUAUCUAAAUGAUUAGUAAUAGCGUGUCCUUCAUUCAACAAUCAGUGCAGAGAGUGUCGUGUAUAUUUUAUCAUGCCAUCAUCAUUUAUAAAUGAGAUAAAAAAAGACCUGAAAUGUUUUAUCCGACACAAUAGACUUUAAAGCUUGAAAAUAUAUGUGAAUCAAUAUAAUUUUUCUUCAGUAAUUUGUUAAAUAUCCAUCGGCAUGAUGACCGAAUCAUUCUUCAGUUUGAAGCCCGGACUCCUCGUGCAGUGCUUUGAAAGGCCACAUUGUUGUGUCUUUAUGCUGAUCUGUGAGUCUUCAUUCAUUCAUUGUGUGUGAGAGACUGAAAACACAUCACAUCUCUUCAGACAUGGGUUGUUAUGAAUGCUGUAUGCGCUGUUUGGGUGGAAUACCAUACAUCUCUGUGGUGGCUACACUGUUGUGUUUCUCUGGUGUUGCUCUGUUCUGUGGUUGUGGACAUCAGGCCCUUACAGAAAGUGAGAGACUCAUUGAGACCCACUUCACCCGAGACCAUCAGGACUACAUCACACUGGCAUAUCUUAUUGAGUAUUUCCAGUAUAUUAUCUAUGGCCUGGCAUCCUUCUUCUUUCUUUACUGUAUUAUCCUGUUAGCCGAGGGAUUUUACACCACCAGUGUAGUGCGUCAGUCAUUCGGGGAGUUUCGGAGCACAGUCUGUGGCAGAUGUAUCAGCACAACGUUCAUCGUGAUCACAUACAUGCUGGUUAUAGUCUGGUUACUGGUCUUCUGCCUCUCUGCACUACCCGUCUACUUCAUCUACAACAUGUCAAACACCUGUCACACUAUAAACUUUCUCUCGGAGACGCCCUCCAGUAUAAACCAGCUGUGUAUUGAUGCCAGGCAGUACGGUCUACUUCCGUGGAACGCUGUACCAGGAAGAGUUUGUGGAACGAGACUGUCUAAUAUAUGCAAGACAAGAGAGUUUUUCUUGACUUAUGAUCUGUACGUGGCAGCGUUUGCCGGGGCAGGAAUGACGGUUUUGGCUCUGCUGACAUAUACUGUGUCCAGCACCUAUAACUUUGCUGUUCUACGUUAUCUGGGGAGAAAAGGCAUCAGUCCACGCUGUUAAUGUUUGAUCUGUCCUGGGUCUUCCUCUACUCCUGACAAUAACACAGCACCAUACUGGAGGAUUUGAUCAUCACCCCUUUACUCUUUACACAGCACAAUGGCUUUACUUUUCUCUUAUUUCACAAACUUUUCGAAUUCUGCUACAAAUGCGUGAUUUGAUAUUUUUUCACUUGAUGUUUUUACAUCUACACUUAUUGUGGCAUUAUGUUGCUCUUUCAACUCCUCCUAGAAAGUUUUGUGAAUUCAGAAGUUGUAAUUGAUACCCAAAUUUUCCCACCCAAAAAAGUUUGGCUGGGAAAACAUAAACAGUGCGAUUAAUUCUGUAUUUAUUUUAUUUUUUUAAUGAUUUACGGGCGGUUUCCUGGACAGGGAUUAGACUAGUCCUAGAUUAAAAUAAAUGUGAGAGCUGUACAAACUGAAAGCAACUUGUACUAACAUAUUUUAAAAUACAUCAGUGCCCUUUGUUUUAUCUCAAAAUGCACACCAGUAAUGGUUUUAGUAAGGCAUGUUUGUAAAAACUAGUUAUAUUUCUUAUAAUAGUCCUGAUUUAAGCUAAUCUCUGUCCGGGAAACCACCCCUUAAAGUUUUAGUACUAGUACAAUAAAAUAAAAACCAAAAGUUCUGCCAUCGUGACUUGUAGGCAGCAUUAAUGUCAUAUUUCAUUUUAGUUUGAUGUCUACGGUUUGUAUUUAUGUUAUAGUAAAUCAAGGUAAUCAUUAGAUAAAACCAUUAGGUUGAGAUGUGCAAGAGAAAAAUUCUCACGGUGGUGAUGUGUGGUUUCCAUGGUGAUGAUCCCUCACAUCUGGUUGCCAUGGAGUCAGACACGAUAAUGUGCGUGUUAUUUUUUUGUCUCGUGACCCCAGCACUUUCUUCUCACAGCCUCGUGAAAGGGUCGAGAGGCCUGAACAAUGCAGCAUGCACGCUUUGUUAAAGAGCCAGUGCUGGCACAAACCCAGGUUAGGGGUCAGAAGAAGAUAUCACCCACUGCUUCCUUUAGCUCCUUAAAUAAAAGAUCUUCUGUGACUGGUGCACAGAUGGCACGAAUCAUACAAAGUGUGUGUGCAUUUGUAGAUGUAGAACAAAAAUAAUUGCGUGCCCAACACUGUUCCCUUAAAGAUAGCAAUGCCAUUUUUUGACCUUGUGUGGGCAUUUUUGGUCCCCAUGAGGAAACAAGCAUAUAAAUCAGAAUAAAAAAAUCUAAAAUAGCAGAUCAUUUUUUGUGAGGGUUAGGUUUAGGGGUUUGGUUUGUACAGAAUAAAGACCAUAACAUCUACAAAAUGAAACUGAAACCCUGUAGUGUGCAUGUGUGUCUGUGUGUGAUCACCCUCUGGUGUUUGAUGUCAGCAGUUGUUUCCCUUUAAAGGAUUAGUCCAUUUUCUUAAAAAAAAAUCCAGAUAUUACUCACCACCAUAUCAUCCAAAAUGUUGAUGUCUUUCUUUUUGUUCAGUCGAGAAGAAAUUGUUUUUUUAGGAAAACAUUCCAGGAUUUUUCUCAUUUUAAUGGACUUUAAUGGCCCCCAACACUUAACAGUUUUAAUGCCGUUUCAAUGGAGUUUCAAAGGACUCUAAACGAUCUCAAAAGAGGCAUAAGGGUCUUAUCUAGCAAAACUAUUGUCAUUUUUGACAAGAAAAAGAAAAAAUAUGCACUUUUAAACCACAACUUCUCGUCUAUCUCCGGUCCUGUGACGCGCCAGCGCGACCUCACGUAAUCCGUCAUCACGUCAAGAGGUCACGGUUGACGUAUGCGAAACUACGCCCCAAUGUUUACAACAUAUGGAGAAAGAGGACCUUUCCGACGUUGUUGUAUGUGGAAUGAUACUAAUUAAUGUCUUUGUGGCAGUUUAUUGUUUAAAAUGGUCCACAAAUGUGCGUUUCAUAUAUGUAACACGUAACAUUUCUAAGUCACUACGCAUUUACGUGAGGUCGCGCUGGCUCGUCACACAGCCAGAGGAAGAAGAGAAGAAUUUCUUGUCAAAAAUUACAAUCGUUUCUCUUAAUAAGACCCUUAUGCCUUGUUUGGGACCGUUUACAGUCCCUUGAAACUCCAUUGAAACUGCAAUUUUAAACUGCAUUUAAACUGUUACUUGUUGGGGUCCAUUAAAAUGAGAAAAAUCCUGGAAUGUUUUCCUCAAAAAACAUAAUUUCUUCUCGACUGAACAAAGACAUCAACAUUUUGGAUGACAUGGUGGUGAGUAAAUUAUCUGGAUUUUUUUUUUUUAAGAAAAUUGACUAUCCUUUAAAGGAAUAUUUCACCUAUAAUAAAUAUUUUGUCAUCUAAACCUUAACAUUUAAAGCAAACAGUGCACAGUAAAAAAAAGUUGGCUCAACUUAAAUUUUAAUUAAUUCAAUUUAGUUAAAAUAUCAACUAUACAUUUUGAACUUAAAAAAUAUUAGGCAAGCAGGUAACUUUCCUUUUUUUUAAGUUGAACCAACAAAUCCUUUACAUUGUACUGGUAAGUCAUUUGAAGUCAUGGGUUUGCUUUGACUGAAAAUGAUGUUACUGUAAUCUGAACUUGUUAAGCUAAAAUCUUUGUUACAGAACACGAGACAGUAACGCUGAAUAUGUGUAAUGUUAAUGUUUAGGUCUGUUGACUUUAGCAGUUUUUUAUUUCUGAGUGAAUUCUUAUUUUUGAUUGUUUUAUAACUCUGAUUAUUAGGAGAUGAUUGUAGUUAUUGUAUAACACUUUCUUUUACAACAUUUCUUACUAAUCAAUAUCCUGUUGAUAAACUAAAGAUUACUUACUGUAGGUAUUUUGUCAUUGCUUUACUAAGCACAGGUUUAUUUUUUAACCUGUAUGCAGUGUUUGAUGCUAUGAAGCUGAGUUUAGCAGUAAAUAAAGAGAUCAAUAAGUUUGA